GAAAAAAAAAAAAAUCUCUCAGUACAUUGAAUCCUUUUUUUUAACAAAAGUCCCUGCAAAGAACAGAUGGUAGAAGACACAGAGAUCAGUGGACUGAAUGCCGGUAUACCAUUUUUAAUUCAUUCAUAGAAGUCCACUCUCCGCAGUCAGGUGCCAUCACACUUCAAGUCUUUGAAAGGAACAGAUUUCUCCGAUUGAGUCGGCAUAUCGGUGCAUGUAGCUUCAUUCUUGAAAAGAGACACAUGGUCUGUGCACAGUGAUUCUACUGAAAACAAAACUUUGAUGAAAACUACCACUUAAAAGCUGUAAAUAUGCAAUAAAUGAGGGGAAUUCCUAGGUAAAUGUUUACAGUAUAAAAAGCUUCAUAGAUACCACAAGAAUUCCACCAAUACUGUCUGAAUUUUGCAAGAGGACAAAAGCAACCAUCAGAAGAAAGGGGGAAAGGAGAGAGAUUAAGCAAAUCCUACGGAGCCCUAGAGGAAAUGCCUUCACAGGCCUCAGGUUAGCAGUUCCUGAGAAGAGGCCUCCGGGACAGCGUCAUGGUGACACUGGAAGGUACAGCUGAGCCUAAGACGACUAGUCACCAUGGCAAAUAUUUGGGGCCUACUGGCUUGGGCUUUCACCUUUACUGCAGUCGGGACAUUGAACUUCAAGAGACCCAGGGGUCCCAAGCAGGGUUCACAAGACCAAGUCACUGCAUCGUUCGGAUGACAGCAGCCAGUGAAGUCCUCUCCUCUGACCCAGCAGAUUUCCUCUCCAGUCUGAGCCAUUAUGAGAUCGCCUUCCCUGCCCAGGUGGACCAGAGUGGGAACUUCUUGACAUACGACCUCCGUCAGGCCCCUCCUAGCCUCCGUCGAGCACGGCGGAGUCUACCUGAUGAGGCAGAGCGUCAGCUCUUCUAUCGAUUGCAGGCUCAGAGUUCCAGUUUCAUGCUCAACCUAACCCUGCAGACAGAGCUCCUGGGGCAGCACUUUACUGUGGAGUAUUGGAAAAGUGGAGGACUUGACUGGAAGCAUGAGCUGUACGAAGACUGUCACUAUGUGGGCCACAUUCAAGACCAACAGCUAAGUUCCAGGGUGGCCAUCAGCAACUGCAAUGGCUUGCUUGGAGUAAUAGUUUCAGGGGAAGAGGAAUAUCUUAUUGAACCACUACCCGUGGGUACCAACUCGACCCAAAAUGGAGAGGGGACUCCACAUGUGGUUUACAAGCGAUCUUCGCUACAGCAUCAACACCUAGAUGCAGCCUGCGGAGUAAUAGAUGACAAGCCUUGGAAGGAUCGUCAUUGGUGGCUAAGGAAUCCCAGGCCUCCCCCACUCAGGCCAUCAUCCAACCAAACACAACGGGGGCUGCUUCCUCUUAAGCGGUCAGUGAGCACUGAGAGAUAUGUUGAGACUUUGGUAGUUGCUGACAAAAUGAUGAUUGGCUACCAUGGAAGAAGGGAUAUUGAGCAGUAUAUUCUUGCUAUCAUGAACAUUGUUGCCAAACUUUUCCAGGACUCCAGCCUGGGGAAUAUUGUCAACAUCAUGGUGACGCGUCUGAUACUCUUGACAGAAGACCAGCCUACACUGGAGAUAAAUCACCAUGCCGGAAAGUCCCUUGAUAGUUUCUGUCGGUGGCAAAAGUCCAUUGUAAAUCGUAAUGGGAACGCAAUCUCAGAGAGUGGGAUCGCUGACCAUGAUACUGCUGUAUUGAUAACCAGAUACGACAUUUGCAUUUACAAAAACAAGCCAUGUGGAACUUUAGGUUUAGCACCUGUAGGUGGUAUGUGUGAGAGGGAGAGAAGCUGCAGUAUAAACGAGGAUAUUGGCCUAGCUACAGCCUUCACUAUUGCACACGAGGUUGGACACACAUUUGGGAUGAAUCACGAUGGCAUUGGUAACGGAUGUGGUUCCCGAGGCCAGGAAACAGCCAAACUAAUGGCAGCACAUAUUACAAUGAAGACCAAUCCUUUUGUGUGGUCAGCCUGUAGCCGGGAUUAUAUCACCAGCUUUUUAGAUUCUGGGCUUGGCCUUUGUUUAAACAAUGCACCUCCCCGGCAGGACUUUGUGUACCCCACCCAGGCUCCAGGACAGGCCUAUGACGCGGAUGACCAGUGUCGUUUCCAACAUGGAGUUAAAUCUCGCCAGUGUAAAUACGGGGAGGUGUGUAGCGAAUUAUGGUGCUUGAGCAAAACUGGUCGUUGUAUCACUAACAGUAUCCCAGCUGCCGAGGGGACAAUCUGUCAAACAAACACUAUAGAGAAAGGGUGGUGUUAUAAGAGGGAAUGCGUACCAUUUGGAACACGGCCGGAGGGUGUUGAUGGAGCAUGGGGUCCCUGGUCUUCUUGGGGGGAGUGCAGCAGGACGUGUGGAGGAGGGGUAUCCUCAUCUGUCCGUCAUUGUGACAGUCCUAGGCCGACCAUUGGAGGAAAAUACUGCUUAGGGGAACGUAAGCGCUAUCGAUCAUGCAACAUUGAUGACUGCCCAGCUGGUUCACAAGACUUUCGGGAAGUACAGUGUGCAGAAUUUGACAACGUACCAUUCCGGGGCAAAUACUACUCUUGGAAGACAUACAGAGGAGGUGGAGUUAAAGCAUGUUCAUUGAACUGUCUAGCUGAAGGAUUCAACUUCUACACUGAGAGAGCAGCGGCUGUGAUUGAUGGAACCCUCUGCAGACAGGACUCCUACGAUGUGUGUGUUAAUGGGGAGUGCAAGCAUGUUGGCUGUGACCGGAUCCUGGGAUCAGACACCAAAGAGGACAAAUGCCGCAUAUGUGGAGGAGAUGGUAACACAUGUGAAACCAUUGAGGGUAUAUUCAACCAGUCACUGCCAGAGGGAGGAUAUGAAGAGGUCAUCUGGAUCCCUAAAGGCUCAGUUCACAUUGACAUUCGCCAACUGAACCUAUCUCUUAAUUACCUAGCACUGAUGGCAAAGGAUGGAGGUCAAUAUUUUAUCAAUGGCAGACUCCCCCCAGACACACCGCAGAAAUAUGAUGUGGCUGGGACCACUUUUCACUACCGGAGACCCCAGGAUGAGCCUGAGUCGUUUGAAGCAUUGGGGCCUACUAAUGCCACUUUGGUCAUUAUGGUGAUGGUGAAAGAAGAGUUUCCUGGGAUCCGCUAUAAGUUUAAUGCUCCAGUUAACAGAGAGACACAAAAUGGAUACACCUGGCAUCUUACACCUUGGACGAAAUGCUCUGUCAUUUGUGCUGGAGGGGUGCAGGUGCAGCGUGUUCAGUGUAAGAAACUGGCUGACGGAGCUGUUGUUUCCGACGAUAUGUGUGAUUCAAAUACCAGGGCUGAAGAGAAGCAGCGGCCGUGUAACACUGAGCCAUGCCCCCCUGAGUGGGCAAUAGGACCCUGGUCUGAGUGCAGCCGUAGCUGCAAUUCUGGAGUACGCACUCGCAGUGUCAUCUGCCAACGACGGGUAUCAACUGGUGAGGAAAAAUCUGUGGAUGAUCGGUCGUGCCCUCAAUCUCGCCCAUCCAUGCUGGAACCCUGCAACACAGACAGAUGUCCACCAGAGUGGGUGGCUCUUGACUGGUCUGAGUGCACCCCAAAGUGCGGCCCGGGUUACAGACACAGAGUAAUCCUCUGCAAAAGUGGAGAUCAUGAAAAUACCGUACCCGCAUCCCACUGCAUUGCCAAGGACAAGCCUGCAACCAGCAUGCGCUGUUCCCUGCAAAGAUGUCCGCCGCCCCGCUGGGUAACUGGAGAAUGGGCAGAGUGUUCAGCCCCAUGUGGCCUGGGACAACAGAGACGCUCAGUGCAGUGUCUGAGCCACAUAGGGCAGCCAUCAGUGGAAUGCACAGAAUCCACACGCCCGUCUGCAAUGCAGCAAUGCGAGAAUAAAUGCGAGGCUGGUCCAUCUGACAGCCCUGAUGAAUGUAAGGAUGUGAACAAGGUGGCGUACUGCCCUCUGGUGCUCAAGUUUAAGUUCUGCAGCAGGCCCUACUUCAGACAGAUGUGUUGUCGAACCUGCCAGGGCCGUUGAUUUAACCCACAGUGCUGGGUUCAUUUUCAUCUCUCCUCUUAUUUUCUCCCCAAACCCUCGAUAAUAUGUACCAUAUCUGACACUUUUUACUUCAUCUUUUUUGUUCUGGAUCUUAUCUAAUGCUCCACUCUAAUGUUCAUGUCUCUUUCUCCUCCAUUUAUUCUUUAUUCUUUCUUCCAAUACAAUUUCUCUUCUCUUUUAUAACUUGUUUUUCUCCCUAUAAAAAAACUCAUGUAUUUUUGUAAAUUGCACAUUAUUACUAUUACUGAAUCAUGCUGACAGCAUCCCAACCCAGAAAUUCUUUAUACACUGCACAGGGAUAUAUCAAGGUCUUUAAACCAUAAACUCAUAAUUAUCUGGGGGGGAGAAAAGCACUGCAAGAAAACAAGGGGUUAAUCCCCUGGUUAGGUAUUUUUUGUUAAACAGAUUUGCACAUGUGUGUACAUCUUCAGUGGCAGAAUACAUUUUUGGGGCAGAAACAUUUUAACUUCCUGGAAACCAUUUUGUAUUCUCCAGUUGGCUUAUUUCCUGGCUGUGAUACAAAAUGGCUGUCAAGGUUACACUUGCAUCUACUUGACAACUAUCAUAUCAGUAGAUGUGGCACUUACGCAUAACAGGAAAUUAUUGCUAAAAAAGGAUGUUG